UUUCCUUCGCAGACUUUUUUUUUUUUUUCCCGCGCUCUCCUUGAAGGCAGCAUCGUUGGAGGCAUCAGGAUGUUGCAAGUCUUCUCCUAUCUCAGCUCCGAGGUCGACUGGUGCGAAGCCAACUUCGAACACUCCGAAUAUAUUGCUGAAUAUUACAACUCGUUCAGCAACGUGGCCUUUUUCAUCCUGGCCCCCAUGAUGUUGUGGCUCAACACCGAUUAUAUCGGCUAUCGUCCGGUGCCAAUUCGGGGUUUCGUCAUCUUGCAGCUGUUUAUUGGUGUCUUCUCCUUCUAUUUCCACAUGACCCUGAGUUACGCCGGGCAGCUCCUGGACGAACUGUCCAUCCUCUGGACUCUCUGCGUCUCUUACGGCUUCUGGUUCCCAAUCCGCUAUUUCCCUUCCUUCAUCAAAAACAGGGAGCAGUUCCUCACCUUUGUGGCCACGGUGACAGUGACCAGCACCCUGAUGUCCUUUGUUAAGCCGGCCCUCAACGCUUACAUCCUCAACUGCGUGGCGUUCCACCUGCUGUACCUGGCCUACGUGGAAGUGCGGAGGUGCAGCAGCCAGGCUGUCUCGCGCGCAGCAUGGACCAUGACCUUCUGGUGGGUCAUCGCCAUCAGCUGCUGGCUGGUGGACAAAUUUUUCUGCGGCUUCUGCCAAAGACUCAACUUCUGCUACCUCCACAGUUUCUGGCACGUCUUCAUCAACAUCGCCCUCCUGCAUUGCAUCACCCUCAUCCUCUUCUUCGACAUCCAGUACGACCUGCCCAGCAGCGAGCCCUCCAUGGAGUACUGGCCUAGCAGCAGGUUCCCCUUCGCGCUGCCCUACGUCAAAAUCCAGAAGCCCCUGAAAUGGUGCUAGCGGCACGGCCAGCGGAUCAGCUGGGGCAGUCAGCCACAACCACCCCAUUGUGUCCUCCAGGAUUCAACCAGCAGCUAUUUAUGGGGGCCUCGGAGGGCACAGGAAGGAGGCGGCAGGGACUGUGGGACUGUCUGCAGGCCGCCUCAUCCCCGCACCGUGCCCUCGAUCGCUUGUGCAUUCACCCCUCCAAAAGGAAAAAGACAAAUCAGAGUCCGGAAAUUCACCAGAAACUCAAAUUUUUCUUCUCUAAAAAUGCCUGCUUCUCUCCAAAAAUAUCUAUGGAGAUUCUCAGUCCUCCAGGUCCUGGUUGUCCCAAAGGUGCUUUUUUCAAGGGGCAACUGGACGUUCUGGUUUUUCUUUGAAGGCGUUUCGCUUCUCAUCCAAGAAGCUUCUUUGCUCUCUCCAAAAACAUGAGAUAUAGAGCUGGAAGGGAGCUUGGAGGUCUUCUAGUCCAACCCCCUGUUAAAGCAGGAGACUAUAGCAUUUCAGAGAGGUGGCCUCCAGCCUUUUCUUAAGUACAUUUUUCUAGCCAGUUAGAAAUCCAUCUGGCGGUGAUGCUAUCUAGCCCACAUUUUCCUAGCUUACCGAGAAGUAGGUUGUGGUCUACUCUGUCGAAUGCCUUGCUGAAGUCUAAGUCUGCUAUCUCCACAGUGUUUCGCUGGUCUACGAAUUGAGUCACUUUGUCAAAGGAUGAAAUGAGAUUGGUUUGGCACGACCAACCCCUGCGGGCUCCUAGUUACAUCUGUAUUUGUUUCUAGGUCUUCACAAAUCUGUUUAUUGAUUCUUUUGUCCCCAGUAUCUGCCCAGGCAGUUUUUAAAGUGGUUUUUUUUUUAAGUGCCGUGUCCUAAAUGGCCGCGCGGGGGAUUAUGGGAGCGAUGGGGCACUCCCAUGUGACACCCCUCCUGCGCGAGCUGCAUUGGCUCCUGGUGGUCUUCCGGGUGCGCUUCAAGGUGUUGGUUACCACCUUUAAAGUGCUCCAUGGCUUAGGGCCUGGGUACUUACGGGACUGCCUUCUGCCGCUGAUAGCCUCCCACCGGCCGGUACGCUCCCACAGAGAGAGACUCCUCAGGGUGCUGUCGGUCAGACAAUGUCGGCUGGCGACCCCCAGGAGGAGAGCCUUCUCUGUGGCAGCUCCUGCCCUCUGGAACCAUUUGCCCCCGGAGGUACGAAGGAUACCAGAUCUCCGGGCCUUUCGCCGUGCCCUCAAAACUUUUCUUUUCCAUCAAGCAGGGCUGGCGUGAACCCCUCCCCCUUUUUUAGCUCUUUUUAGUGUUUUAGCUUUUUAAGUGUAAAUUGGGUUUUAAUUGGAUUGUUUUAAACUGUGGGCCAUAGCUGUCUAAUUCUUUUAAUUGAUUUUAAAUUUUGUAUUGGUAUGUUUUUUAUCCUUGGCCGUGCACCGCCCUGAGUCCAAAUAGGAGAAGGGCGGUAUAUAAAUUGAAUAAAUAAAUAAAUAAAUAAAUAAAUUUAAAGGGAGAAAAACUCAAGCAGGAGACCCUAUACCACGGGUGUCAAACUCGAGGCCUGCGGGGCCAUUCUGGUCUACCCAGUGCAAAGAAAAAACCUGCCAGGAGUUUGGGGAGUGGCGUCAAGCUGGCCACGCCCACCCAAUUGGCCACACCCAUCCAGCCGGCCACUCCUCCCCCCCUCCUCCCCCCCCUCCGAGGUCAACCACAGCCCUGAUGCGGCCCUCAAUGUAAUUGAGUUGGACACCCCUGCCCUAAACCAUUUCAGACAAUUGACUGCCCCGUCUUUUCCUAAAAAAACCCUCCAAGGACCGCAUUGGAUUGGCUCUUCUGGCAGCUGCAGCACACAGCUGGCACAGGCUUCCAUAGUGGCCUAGUGUAGGCCCCUCUCACAGGGACGAUAGCUGUGCAUUAGCAAAGCAUGGUGCUCGCAGGAGAGAGGGCACAAUCGGCUGAUGGGAGAAUUGGCACGGUCUACGUCUCCCCACCUGCACCCCUCCAGGGAAGCCCAGCCCUCCCUCUCUGGGGCGUGGGAUCCUAGGGGUGUUGCAAGGCCACGGUCCCCCCCAAAAAGUCAAUUCCCCGCCCCCAUUUUCGGGUCUAAUGUUCCUAAUAAAAACAACUCCAGUUUAAGUUCUAUCUUUUGUUGCGUAAUUUCUUCCAGCCAUUUUUUAAUUUUACACCAGUAAUUUUUUUGUAUUGGGGCUGGGCUUCCCUGCGGUGGAAUACAUAUUGUUAUGUUUGUCUUGUUUUUUAAUCGUUUGCUUUUCUUCUUUUUUUUUUUCUGUUGUUUUUAAAGGUGAAAAAAUGCAUAAUAAAAACUAUUUUAAAAAAAUAAAAUAAAAGUCAAGAUGUCAGCCGCAA